UAUAGUCAAAUAGCCUUUAGAGCAUGCGUGAAAUUAUUAAACCAAGAAAUAUUUUUUAUUUCCAACACUACAGUUUAAAACGCUUAUCCUGUAAAAAUGAGGACCCUGUAAAAAGUGGAAGGCCGUAUAAAGUGCAUACUCUUUCAACAGUUAGACAGCAGACUAAUAUCUUUUUGUAUCGGAGUCAAUCUUCUACAGAAACUAGAGGGCGACAGUCACUCAAAAAAACACGGGGACUUUUAUUGUGUAAACAGCGUCGUUGCCGUGGCGACACAGGAAGUGUAUCCACGAUCAGGAGUCGGUGGUUUUUAAAGAGAAAUCCGCGCUCUGCUUUUUAUAAAGUCUUUUCGCUGAGAUGUGUUUAUUGCUCGGUGCCACUGGAGUCGGAAAGACGCUUUUACUGAAGCGGCUACAGAAGCUGUGUCAGACGGGCUCUCAGGAGGCUUUGGGUGAAGCUCCUGUCACGCUGCCCACGGUUGGCACCAACCUCACAGACCUCAUCCUCAGGAAGAGGAAGAUCACGGUUCGAGAGCUGGGGGGCUGUAUGGGGCCCAUUUGGCCAAAAUACUACUUAGAUGUCAGAUGUGUUUUAUUUGUGGUGGACUGUGCCAACGUUGUCCAGAUCUCGUCGUCUUGCGUCCAGCUGCUGUCCGUUCUCUCCUCGGAGCCGCUGCAGUCUGCUGCUGUCCUCAUACUCUUCAACAAGAGGGAUCUUCCCUGCACCAUGUCUCUGGUGGAGCUGAAGGCGUUGUUCAGGAUGGAGGACAUCCUCAGGAGUGCUCCUCAGUCGAUCUCAACACUGGAGAUCAGCGCUCGCUCCGGACAGGGCCUUCAGGAGCUGCUCAGCUGGCUGUUUUCAAAGGACAGAUGAGAGAGCUGUGUCCCACGCCACACACUAAUCUGAGAAACAGCUGAGGAGAAAUGUAGGAGGACCUCUGAUGACCGUCAUGUCGCUC